AUGGACCUUGAAAAGGCUGGAGAAACAAGAACAAUACAGCUACAUGAAUUGGAGGAAUUCAGAAGAGAAGCAUACGAGAAUGCAUCCAUCUACAAGGAAAGGACUAAGCAAUGGCAUGACAAGAACAUUAGCCUAAGAUUUUUCAAAGUGGGAGAUCAAGUAUUUUUAUACAAUUCUAGACUUAAACUAUUUCCAGGAAAGUUGAAAUCUAGAUGGCUAGGCCCUUUCAUUGUCUCUCAAGUGUUUCCCUACGGCAUAGUUGAACUACACCAUCCAACAAAAGGAAACUUCAAAGUAAAUGGCCAACGUAUCAAGCACAACGUAGAAGAUUUUCCCACCGCUAAAGAGAGCCUUGACCUAGCUUUACCAGAAUGA